AUGAGAGCCAGUGCGGCCCGCGGGAACGAAGAGGCUGCAGGCGCGAGAAGCGACAGAGGACCUACGAGGGCAGCCAGAGAACGCUACGAGGGCCUGAACGGGUCCUUGAGCCCAACGGUGCAUGUCUCAGAACCCGCCGGACAGCUUUUCGUCCUCCGAAGCUCUGCCUACGUCCCUGAGCUGGAGGCGUGCGGCCGUCUUCUGUGCUGCGUGCAGAGGUUCCGCGGGAGCGGAAGUGCAGUGGAAAACGUCGAGCAGCGUAUCAACAGGGGUCGAAGGGGCGCACAGGCGGGCCCCGAACUGGAGGGGCCCUCAGGUUCGGAGGAUGGGAUCCUCCCGAUACCGGUCAGCCCUAGUCCUGCGUCCACGUCCUCGCAGGAGGACGCCUGCAAGCCGCCGCCACGAAAUUGCUAUCGUCUCGUCAUGCUCGGUAGCGCUCGGGUCGGCAAAACCGCCAUUGUAGCACGAUUUUUGUCCAACAAAUUCGACGAAAGUUAUACACCAACUAUCGAGGACUUCCACCGGAAACUGUACAGGAUUAGGGGCGAGGUCCACCAGCUUGAUCUUCUGGACACGAGCGGGAACCAUCCGUUUCCCGCUAUGCGACGAUUAUCCUUCUUAACCGGAGACCUCUUUGUUGUGGUGUUCAGUUUGGACUGUCGAGAGUCUUUCGAAGAGGCCAUCAGGUUGCGAGAAUCGAUCCUGGAAACUAAAGUGAGCGCUACCCAAAGCGCCACGAAAAGCAGGAGCAAGAUCAAUUUGAAGGUUCCUAUGGUCAUCGUCGGGAAUAAAUCUGAUAAGGAUGUAAAAACAGUUACGGUAGAAGAGGCGGAGGAGUACUGCAAUAGUCAGGACGAUUGUUGCAUUUUCGUGGAGGCGUCUGCGAAAAGGAACUUUCACGUGGAGGAGCUUUUUUACCAACUUUUCGUAGUAGCAGGCUUACCCUUGGAAAUGGCGCCCAAUCAUCAUAGAAAGGUUCCCCUCACCUUUGGCUCCCCAACGAUGUUGCCGCCCUCCCAGCCGAAGCACAAAGCCACUCUGAGCAUAAAGCGACGGCUGAGCGACGCCUGCGGCGUCGUGGCGCCCAACGUGCGUCGACCCAGCAUAAGAACGGACCUGAUGAUCAUGAGGACGAAAACGUGUUCGCUCGCGGCCGGCGUCGAGAACAACGCGCCAGGAUCAAGGAUCACCCUGAGAUCCUCCGAAGCCAGAAAGACGUGCUCCAUUCAGUGAUAUCUCUCCAAGUACCCCCGUGAUACUGAUUUCGAGACAAACGGACAUUGGGUUCGUGGACGAUCUUCGCGAGCGAUCGAACCGUUCGCACGGACAAUUGACACUUUUUAUUGCGCACAAAAGUCAUUAGAUUUAAACGGGAAAUAAAUAUUUCUCACUCGGUUAUUCAUCGACGAAGGUUUGUAUUUGAUACGAUGUCGACCGUGGAAAUGAUAACUCGGUUAUUUUUAAAAAAAAAUGGAAAAAGCAAGAAUCGAGGAUAAUUUUAGAAUUUAGUCCCGUAGAACGGGGACGAUAGGACGUGUUAAAUAU